AUGCAGGACACUCGUGACUACAAUGCUGCCGUGCAGGUACUAAACUCCCUCCAAAGCAAUUUCUCCGCCGUCGAAGCCAUCCGUAAACAAGGCCCAGGAUGGAACAAACGAGCACUUCCAGAGAUGCGAGAAUGGGUGCGCCGCAUAGGCUACGAGGCUGAUGGUAAGCAUAAGCCUUCCGACUUCAAUCAACUGAACCUCGUACACAUUGCCGGCACCAAAGGCAAAGGCUCUACAUCAUCUUUCAUUUCCUCAAUCCUAUCCCAGUAUCUACCCACUAAGCGUAGUAUACAUGCCGAGCGGCUACCGACCAGUGUGGGUCUGUAUACUUCGCCACACCUGCGGUUCGUGCGAGAACGAAUACAGAUCAACAACAGCCCAAUCUCAGAGGAAACGUUCGCGAAGUACUUCUGGCAAGUAUGGGACAGGCUGGAAAGCUCGUCGCCAAGAGCAGUCGGAGGCGAAGAACCACGAAACGUCAUGGGAAAGCCGGUUUACUUCCACUACCUGACCCUAGUGGCGCUGCACUGCUACAUGCAGGAGAAAGUCGGCACCGCAGUGAUCGAAUGUGGCGUUGGCGGCGAGUACGACACGACUAACAUUCUCGAAAGACCUCUAACGACGGGCAUCACGAGUCUGGGGAUCGACCAUGUAGCCAUGUUAGGUGACACCAUUGAGUCGAUAGCUUGGCACAAAGGCGGCAUAUUUAAACCAGACGUGCCUGCUUUUACCGCACCGCAACCCGACAGCGCGCUAGAUGUACUUCGAAAACGAGCGAGGGAAUGCAACACCGAACUCCGCGUCGUCCCUGAGCAUCCUGCACUUCGUGAUACCAAGCUGGGUCUACAGGGCGACUUUCAGCGCAUCAAUGCUUCGCUGGCGAUCGCCAUCUGUGCCUCGCAUCUAUCCCGGCUUGGACUACUGAAGGCAGAGACAGCACUGGACUUCGCGUCCGAGCUACCAGCUGAGUUCGUGAAAGGACUAGAAAUUGCACGCCUCGGUGGUCGCUGCGAGGAGCGCCGAGACAGUCGCCAGAAUGAUUUAACAUGGUACAUCGACGGUGGCCAUACUCUUGAGAGCAUCGAGCUAGCAGGCAAAUGGUUCGCCUCAGCCACCGAGGCCAGAGACCGCGGUACUUCUCGCAUCCUAAUCUUCAACCAGCAGACGCGAGAUGCUCCAGCACUAGCUAGACGCUUGCAUGCCACACUCGCGACAGCUACAGGCAACGACCGACCUUUCCAGCACGCCAUCUUCUGUACGAACACCACGUACGAGUCUGCAGGCUACAAAGCCGAUCUCGUAUCUAUGAAUACCAGCCAAGAGGAUGUGGACAGUCUGAAAGUGCAGAAGGAGCUUGCGGAAGCCUACAAGACUAUUGAUGCCAGUGCUGAAGUGCAUGUCCUUGGCACUAUCGAGGCAGCGGUAGCUUGCGCUCGACAGCUUGCUGGUGGAGAGCCGGCGCAUGUCAUGGUCACUGGUAGUCUGCACCUGGUAGGCGGUCUGAUCGAGGUCCUCGAAGGCGAAAGCGAGGAGGAAAGUAGUAACCUGUAG